AUGAGAGAGCUGCCUCGUCGGUUCACUUCAGGUUCACUCACUGCGGCAGCAAUAAAGAGGCCAAUGGCCAUGGACUGCCAUUUAACAGGAUUUAGGGCCUGUUUACAUAGAGGUGGGGGACCCCAGGUAGGUGAGGUGACCCACUUAGGUGGGGUAACCCACCUGUCCGUAUAAUCUCUCAUUUUAAUUUGAUCAUGUUUAUAUAAUAGGUGGGGUGACCCACUACAAGUUAACUCACGUAUCUGGCGUACACAACCUCCAUGUAAACAGGCCCUUAGAUGCAUAUUGCUUGUAACAGAAAAUGAUCGCAUGUUAAUAUCAACAAUUCAAUUCAGAGCUGAUGGCAAAUUCCCAGGGCCCAGUUGUUCGAAAGCCGAUUAGCACUUAACCCGGGGUUAAAUUUAACCUGGGUUUCUUUUCCUUGUGUUCAAAAGCAUUUUCUCGGAUAAUUUUCUCUGCUAUUUUUAGAGCUUCCAUUCAUCAACUUGCAGGCAAAAAUCAUUAAAACUGAAAUGCUUUUUGAGCUUUCAAAUCUGAAUUCAAAUCUCACGAAUAACCCUGGGUUAUCUUAACCCAGCUUUGAACAACUCAGUAUGAUAAUUCAUCAAUGAAGCAGGUGUUGAUCCUACUAGUUAAAUGGCUCUGGCUUAAUUUAGUCUUUUUAUGUCAUAGUUAUAACAGUACUAAAACAUUCCUAUACAGGUUCCUAAAUAUCUCUCUAACAUUUGGAUGGAAAAUACAGAUGCUUCUGGAAUAGUUGGUUCUCUUCAGAUAACAAAGUAAGUUUUAAAUAUAACAUGAAAUCUUUUGACUGUCCCCAAAUGUCCUUAAAAAUUUUGAUAUUUUUCUCAGUCCUGAUGAGCAGAAAUAAAAGUGCAGAAAAAACAAAUCUCUCACAAGUAAAAGAAAUUAAUGGUCCUCAAAAAAGUGAAAGAAAACUUUUUGAUGGGUUAAAUAUGUGGAAGUUUUAUGGUUGAGUUAAAUAUGUUUCAUAAUAGUAACCCAUCAAUAUAACCAGAAAGGUUAUCUUUUAUUAGUUAAAAUAUUGGCUUGCUAGCUUUGUAUCCCCUUAGUUGUACAAAAUAUAAACUGCCACUGUGACACUAACUCUUUACUUUAAUUUCGUCAACAGUAAUCCUCAGAGGAAUGAGGUUAGUGCUUUUUACUGCUGUAAGGAGUGAUUUUGUUACAAUUAGUUAUGGACAAUGUUGAGUCCUGGGACUCAUCUUGUGAAAAAUCAUGAGUCCCUGUCCAUAACCAAUGAGUCCCAGUUCAAAAAAACAAGGAGUUCUAAAUUGAAAAUGCUUGAGCCUUUUUGACCAGACAGUUAAUCUGGAGACAGAUGCCAAAACUCUUUAUUACAGUUUGCUGAGAUUAAAAUGUAGUCCUUCUAUAUAUUUAAAGCACAAAAAAGACUAAAAUAAAUAUGCAUCUUUAAGCAACAACCACUGAAAUCACACGAACAGGAUAUUCUCCCAAAAAAUCUUGAAAUUGAUUGAUUGUUCUUUGUGUCCUAUGGGACGCAUGCCAUGAAUUAUUUUGCAUCUUUGGGGAUUUUUAUGCGUCAGGGAUGUAGGAUUUAGAGGUGACAAAAUCACUGUGUAAGAUGUGAGUCCUUUUGUCAAAUACCUGCCUAAGGGGUCUAAUGUUUAUUUAUUACACAUACCUAUUAGUGCUCGACACUAACAUUCUUGGACACUAGGCAAUUGGCUAGUGAGUGAUCAUGAAACAAAUCACUAGCAGGUAUGAGGACAAGCCACUGGUGCCAAAAAAAAAAUCGAAGUGUUUCAAAAUGUACUACUGUUUGUAGCCUAUCCUAGGGGUUUAGAACUUUCAUGGCUUUCAUGAGAUUUUGUGCCUUAAACUAAAAAGCUGCUUUUGUCAUCAUCAUUAUUCAGUAAGGAUCAAGCGAGAAGUCUUUCAAGUCAUUUGCUUUAUACUAAGUGGGUCAAUGUCUGGCUAGAACAUUCACAUAUGUUAACUGCUAGCGUCUGUGUAAUUAGCUUGAACUUUCCUUUAUCUAAUGUUGUAGGUCAAAAUUAAAUUAUGGGCUGGGAGAUAAAGUGAAUUGAGAAUCCCUCAUUGUCAAGAAAUUUAACUUGAAUUUAAUUUUGACCUAAAAUAUCAUUCUUUAAAUCAUGAUAAUUCACUUACUUUUGAUUUCAUUAGGUUGUAUUUAACCUAUCUGAUGCAUUAGCAAACAAAGAAGACAAAGAUCAAGAUGUCAAGGUUCCAAGGGAUUACAAAAUGGUUCUGUCCAAAGUUGAGCAGUCCAUAGGAGUGUUUUCUGAAGGCUCACCAGGUAUUUUAAUAUUAUAUCUUCACAGAGAAAGAACCUGUUUUCCAUAAAAAAGAAUAAUAACAAUAAUAAUAAACUAUAGUGAGAAAAAAUGUUUUGAUGGAUGGAUGAGAUGGUUCUGCUUAAGAAUACUCAACAGAACUGUGCAUUCCUUGAAUUUGCUGUGUCUUAAUCUUGAUCAUCUCAAAGGUUUUUUCUUUUUCCUCAAUUGUAGCUUCUGCGACUGAAGAGGAAGAAAAGGGUGAUAAAUGUGAGUUCUUGUUAAUUAAUCUGAUAGUGGUUUGGAAGAUGCUUUCAAUUUAAAUUUUGCAUAAAUUCCUUAGAGUUUUACUCAUUUUCUGUCACUUUAUUUGUACAUUCCACUGCUGAUUUUGCUCCAUUCUCCACUUUGACUGAUUUUAUUAUUCAUUACUGUAGAGGCGGGGGUUAGGGGGGUACAUUAUACCACAUGUGCAAGUUAACGCUAGUUGUACAUAGUAACAAACUACUGUAAUAUUGACUAAUAUCAUAAUGUUAUCUUAUAGUAUUCAUAGCUAAGCUGAGUUUCUGUUUUCAGCUCAACUAACUAUUGAAGGAGUUGUUGUUCAAAGAGCAGACUGUCGUCCAGUUCAACCAAAUGCUGAUUAUUUAUUACUUAAAAAGUAAGUAAAGCGACUAUUAGGAUUGCUUUUCUUUCUGCUCUGAGAUAAUUGAAGUGUGCGUGCGGACAUGGACAAUACAGGAAGUGGCUACAAGUUGGCAUUUUUUGUUUACUUAUUUUCAAUCACAGUGAUGUAAAGACCAGGUUCAUUUAAUACCUGAUUUAAAAGCAAUGGUGAAGAGUACUUAUUGUGAUUAUUUCAUUGAUAUUCAAGACAUCUCCUCUCCAACUAGACGUCUUUAUUUACUUACUUGAUUUAGGGAAAGUUCAUUUAAUAUGACAAGGGGGGGGGAUGAAGAUAUUGAGGGGGGGCUCCGAAAAUUUUUAGACACCGAAGGGGGGGCUCUGAAAAAAUUGUUGCGCUAGGAGGGCCGAAAAUUUGUAUACUUCAAAACCAACACAUGACAUCAUCAUACAGAUCGGAUGGUUUUCAACUCAACAAUUUAAUGACCUGUGCAACUCAGCUUUAUCACGUGGUUUACAGAUAUAACAAAUGUAGUCUCAGUAAUUAUUACACUCUUGUUCAUCCCAAAAAUGCUUUUAGAAAAUUGUAUCACAACUGUAUCUCAAGUUUGUCAUAGUAUAAACCAUUGAAGACAAUAACGGUAAAUAUAUUUAAUACAGUCUAGCGAUCUUUUUCAGGGGAGCAAAGGAAUUGAAGGAGGAGGGGGGGGGGUCUGAAAUUUUUUUCGACUACCAAGGAGGGGGCUCCUAAAAAAUUGAACCGCUAGCGAGGGGGGCUGCUAAAAUUUCAAGCUUCGAGUUUCAAUAUCUUCAUCCCCCCCCUUGUCAUAUUAAAUGAACUUUCCCUUACUUGACAAAAAGUGGCAAACUUGAAGAAUUGCUUGUCAGUUGUCUUUCUUUGUAAAUCAAAAGUAUCAAACUUUGUAUUAAAGUUGUUAAAUUAUUAUAAAAUCAACUUAGUUGAAUGCCUUGAAAAGUGGGGAGGGACAGGGGGGCGGGAGCCCGGGAAAACAGGGGUUGGGAGGGCACGGGAGACGGGAGAAAAAAGGGCGGAAAGAGGGAUCUCUAAGAUGGUGGGAAGCGGGAGAGAAAUUCAAAAAGGCAAGCUUUCGUUAUUUGUUACUGCUUAUCAUCCAGUCCAAGAAACGAACCCAACGACGUUUCUUGACUUCCAUUUAACAUUAUCCGAGGCUUAAAGCAAAAUUUUGUUUGAAAACAAAAAGUCAAUAAAAAAAACAGCAAAAAGUUGCUUACAUCAUAGGUCAUAAAAAAAAAAAACAUGAGCAAGCGUGUCAACUGUGUCAAUUGUGUCAGUGUCUCCUUUCUGUCUGCUUAAAGGGGCAUCAUAGGGGACAUGAAUGAGGUGGAAUGAGACAUGGGUGCAAGUGGGAGGUUGUGACCACCCUCCCUCCUCACUGAAAACUGUGGCAACAAUUCUCUUGAAUUUCAUUUGGGUUGCUUCAUCUCCUUCCAAACUGGAAACUAUGCCAGUUAUGUUCAUGAGAUAAAAAGUAUUUCUGAAACUAGUUCUUAUUGAAAGAACUGCACUGAAAAGUUUCAAAAUUGACAACUGUGCAUAGUUUGUGACAAAUUAUAGUUUUUCCUUUGUAUUGACAGGCGGACAAUUUUAAAGUCAAGUAUGUCUGGACGGAAAGCCAAGCAAGUUGAGCGUGUGAUUAAGUACAGGCCAGUGAGUGACCAUGAGAUGAAUGUAAGUACUUUGCAUGUGCACACAAAAUUUUAGAUUUUGCAUUUUUAAAUGGAUUUCUUUAAGCACACACCUUGGUAUAGAAAAUAAGCUUGAAAACUCAGAAAGAUUCAUAUAACCAAAUUUCAAAUGCACUUCACCUCUAUUGCCAUCAUCAUAUCAUAUUCAACACCUCUUUUAUCCCUCAGGUUGUUGAAGUUUUCCUUUCCUCAGAGUGUUGAAAUUCCUUUUAGUCUUUAACAGUGCUGUCAACUCUCACAAAUAUUAAAUUCGGGAGACUCCAGAUUUUGGAUCGUAUCUCCCAGUCUCCAGAUUAGAGUAUGGAAACUCCUAGAUAAUUGCUGAAGUUUGCCAUUUCUUUAGUAGACUUGACUUUUUGACAAUAAAAUUUCAGCUAUUUUGUGUUGUUUAAGCUAUUUUAAUGUUAACAUUGAACAUUUCCCCAUAAACUCCAGUAUGCCCCUGUUACAAUAUUAUAAUGUGAUUGGUGAAAUUAAGUAAAACAAUCAGGUCAAAUGUUACAAUGCUAACAAUGUCUUUUUUGUGCGUUUUGUGUCAUCGCAAAUUUGUGACAAUCAGGGUCAACAAGUAUUUUUGCACAAAUGACAUCAUGUGCCGCAUGUUAUGGCUUCAUCUAUCAUCCUUUCCCUAUCAAUUCUCAAUAAUUAUUUGAGGAUGUAUUGGUUUGUCAGCCCAACUUUAAAGGCAUCAUUUUGUUUUCAGAUAAAACAUGAGAAGAAAAAGAAAGAAGAAGGAAAGAGGGCUCGUGAAGAUGAAGAUGUCGUUAAAGCCUUGUUGUUCAAUGCCUUUGAAAGGCAUCAGUAUUACAACUUAAAGGACCUUAUUAGCAUUACAAAACAACCAGUGGUAAGAAUUGCUUAUGAAAUCCUGGAUGUACAGCACCCGGGGUGAGGGGGCGGGGCACUCCUUAUAAUGGCCUAUGCAGAGAGGCUCCCCCUGAAUAAGGGGUAGGGAUUUCACUUGCUGAAGUAAAUGAAAGGAUAGAGAAAUGUGUCAUUUUGAUAGGUGAAAAUUAUGGCUUUGAAAAAUUCAAGAACACUUGAAAUCUGGUGUUGUCAUUUAUUCAUAUUUUGAAAGCAGUGCAUUCAUUGCAGUUAAAAGGGAUGCAAAGUUCUAAACUAGGCGUGAGAAAGGGGUACCAUUUGUCAAUAGAAGGUAUACCAAAGGGUACUUUUUCUGUCAAAAAUGGUAUGUAAAGGGGUAAAAGGUUGGACUUGGGGUGGACCCUCCCUGUAUAAAACUUUGUUGAGUACCCUGUGGGGCAUGUACAAGUUUUCUAAGAUUUACUUGUUGACCAAGGGCAGAGGUUGGUCGCAUCAGUCACCGGUUAUCAUCAAAGCACAGCUCUGUAUGUGCAAUGUUUAAUGUUUAGAACCCAGUUAGAUACCUCACCUUAGGAGUCCAUAAUUUUCCCAAAGGCCUAAAACAUGCAUUUUAUGGCUUUGAAAAAAUCGGGAACACUUCCUGGUUUUGUCUUUUUUUUGUAUUUUAAAGACAGUGCAUUUAUAAGUUAAAAGAGAUGCACUGUUCUAAACUAGGCAUGAGGAAGGGGUACCAUUUGUCAAUAGAAGGUACUGUAUUUAUUCUAAUAAGCUUCAAUCUCGAAUUAGCACCCACCCCGAAUAAACACCCAUCCUAAAGGCAGAAGAAGUUAAAAGCACCCACCCACACCCCACCCCCUUUCCCUCCCACCCCCAAAAAUUGAAUAAGUAAUAAUAAGAGACUUUUCGAAGACGGAGUUUUUGUCAGAGUAUUUACAGAAACCUUGAUUUGUUACAUCUUCCCUUUUUGUUAUUACUACUUGUUUUGUUGCAAAAUAAACAUAAUACACUUGCUGAAAAUGUUGAAUAAGUGCCCACCUUGAAUAAGCGCCCGCUCUUAAGGUCCAAAAAUAAAAUAAGUGCUCAGGGCAGUUAAUCGAAUAAAUAUGGUAUACGAAUGGGUACUUUUCUGUCAAAAAUGGUAUGUAAAAGGGUAAAAGGUUGGACUCAGGGUGGACCCUCCCUGUAUAAAACUUUGUUGAGUAUCCUGAAGGGCAUGUACACGUUUUCUAAGAUGUACUUAUUGUCCAAGGGUAGAGGUUGGUCGCCACAGUCACCGGUUAUGACUAAAGCACAGCUCUGUAUGUGCAAUGUUCAAUGUUUAGAACUUUUCAGAUGAGCUGAAUCUUUAGAUUGAAUUUAAACAAAUGCUUUUAGAAAUAAUCUUGAUUGAUUUGUUCUUGCAUAUAUCUAACUAUUUCACUUGAAAGUGAACAUUUUCUUGGUAGUUUCUUGGGCUUGCGAAUGGUGGCCAUCACCAAAUGACGUAGAAGACACAUAGCCUGUGUAACAGGCGUUAAAAGGGGAAGGGGGAGGGGAAGGGGGAAUUUGGGCACGCGAGAGCUAGAAGACACUGAGCAAUACCCACCACUCAACUCAAAAGGGAACCAACAAUGGUUUCUGAAAUACCAAGAAAAACCCAUUUUGUUUGUUUAAUAAUCUUUUUCUUUUCAUUGCUUUAGGCAUACCUGAAAUGUAUUUUGAAGGAAAUAGGACGUUAUAAUACAAAGAACCCUCACAAGAACAUGUGGGAGUUAAAACCAGAAUACAGACAUUACAGCAAUAAGAACAGUAGCGAGGAGGGAGGAGAGGGGACAAGCUCCUGA